AUGGAUUAUGAGUAGGUGAUGAAUGACAAAAAGUUACGAGAGUAAUUAGAAGGAGGUGAAACAAUAGUACUUACAAUGAAGGUGAUAAAAUUUACAGGAUAAAACAAAAAGUUACCAAGAGUUAUUGUACUUGAUAUUGCUUAUAUUAAUAGGUAAUCACAAAUAAGAAUGUGUAUAACAUUUCACCAUCAGAAGGAAAAGGUGUUAAAGGAUUUUUUUAGAGUUUAGUAAAUAAGUAAUGAAAUUGAAUUAAAUAUACAGAUCAAGGAUAAAGAGAAAAAUACCAUUAUCUGCAAUAACUUCAAUCACUAUUUCUAAAAUAGUAAAGGAAUUCAUAUUACAUAUACCAACUGAAUAUGAUCAACGAUAUUAAGUAGAUGAUUAGUAAGAAACUUCUAAUAUUUUAUAGAUUGUCAUUAAUUAUACAAACCUUAUGUGAAGUGUAUGUAAAACAUAAUCUAAAAAAAAUACGAUGUCAUUUCAUUGAAGAAAUGAAUUUAAGUUAAUAUACAACAACUAAUUAUGAUAUUAAGAAGAACAUUCGUAGAUAACUUCCAAAAUAAGGAGCAGAAAUGACUGUGGAUGAUGUGAAAAUUGCAAUGUAAGCAGCUAGAGGGAAUGUAUAAACAAUAUAUUAAAAAUCUAACACUUAAGAGAUUAGUAUAGAAGAUUUUACAUUAAUAAAGAUGUUGGGAAGAGGUGCAUUUGGAAAAGUAAUGUUAUGUGAGAAGAAAGAUACAAAAGAAAUAUUUGCUAUAAAGAGUUUACGUAAAGAGGAUAUUAUCUCAAGAGAUCAUAUUGAAUAUCUAAAAACAGAAAGAAAAAUCUUAGAAUAAACAUAACAUCCAUUUCUUGUUUCUUUAGAAUAUGCAUUUAUCACAUAGGAGUGUGUUUAUUUUGUUAUGAAAUUUAUGAUGUAUAAAUAUUAAUUUAUACAUUAGAGGAGGAGAAUUGUAUACACAUCUAUAAAAGGUCAAUAAAUUUAAUGAAGAUUAUGCAUUAUUCUAUUCAUCUUAAGUAUUGUUGGCUUUAGAAUAUCUCCAUAAAUAAGGAAUUAUUUAUAGAGAUUUAAAACCAGAAAAUAUUUUGAUGGAUGAAAAAGGAUAUGUAGCUUUAACAGAUUAUGGAUUGGCUAAGUUUUUAUCAAAAGGAUAGGUUACUUAAUCAAUUGUUGGAACUCCUGAAUAUUUAGCCCCUGAGGUAAUUACUCAAUAAGGACAUGCCUUCACUGCUGAUUGGUGGUGUUUAGGCAUACUUAUGUAUAUCAAUUGAUAUAUUUAAGAUUUGAAAUGUUAUGUGGAAGAACCCCUUUCUUUUCAGAAAAUAGAAAUUAAAUGUUUAGAAAUAUAGUAGAAUCUGAAUUGAAAUUCCCAUCAACAAUUAAUUUGUCUUUUGAUUGUAAAAAUCUAUUAACAGCUUUAUUAAAGAAGAAACCUAAUGAAAGAUUGGGUAAUAAAGGUGAUGCAGAAGAAAUAAAAAAGCAUCCUUGGUUUAAAAAGAUGGAUUUCUAAAGAUUACUCUAAAAAGAAGUAUUUAUUAAAUAUUAAUAUUAGAUUUAAGCUCCUAUUAUACCAGAUUUGUAAUCAGCAACAGAUUUAUCUAAUUUCAAUCCAUAAAUUCUAGAUGAAAGUAAUCAAUUAAUUUUUUACAUUUUUAGAAAUUGAAGAAGAUUAGAAUUAAACUACAAAUACAUAAGCACUUAAAAAAUUUGAUUAGGAAUUUUAUGGACUCAAUUACAAAAAAGAAUGA